UCUGCUGGCUGCGGCUGGCGUGAGGACGGCGGGCAGCCGCGGCCGAGGAAAGAAGAGAGACGUGGCAGCAGGCCGGGAAUCGGAGAUAGUGUCCUCGGUUCGGUAAAGUUUCUGUUCUCUGGAUUGGAGAGACGGUAAUGAAGAACACCCCCUAAACUCAGAUUGGUGCGGAUUUCUAUGGGGAAGGCCUUUACUGGUCCACAUCUUCCAGACUUUGGUUCUGGACCUUGAGAAAAGAGCCUGUGGAACUAGAGAUAGCCAUGCUUUUUAGGGUAAACGUGUGUAGGUAUUGGGGAGAAGGGAGGGAGCAAUGAAAGAGAAAUGGAGGUGGGUUGAAGCUUCUAUUUCAGUUCUUGCUGUUCAUCUAAUGGUCAGUUUGUGAGUUACCUUAUUUACAGGUUUUGUUUACAGGUUUUAAAGCUUGCUUCAGUCUAAAGUAUUGUUAACUUGAUAGAAUGAAUUUUUUAAUGCAGCUUGUGACCUUGUAAAGUUUUUAUCUCCAAAGAACUUUGGUUCAGCCAUUUAUAUUUUUUAAUUGUAUUACUUGUAGUCAGAAUUCAAAGGGUUCAGCUAGCAGUUACUGUUAAUGACCAGUAUGUGGAGUCUGAUUUAGCUUUCCAGAAUUGACUUUUGAGUUGUAUUGGCAAACCACUGUCCUAAAUGAUGAAUGUUGAAUGAUGCACUAUGUUUUUGUUUAAAUGAAAUUUCCUGAAAAUAAUUAAUUUUCGGAUUUAAGGAAAAAUCAAUAUUGCUGUCAGGAGGAUUAUAAAAAUAAUGUAUUUUAAGAACUGAAGGCAUUUCAAGCAGAUAAGAGUUGUUGGUAAAGCAGAACACUUGAACCUGAGAUUUGGAAGACCUGGCUUUUCUAGCUGCCUCUAACCAACUCUAUGACUGUGGGAAAGUGGGCUUCGGUUCUUCUUUCUAUAACAUGAGAGCACUGGACUGCUUAAAUUCAGAACUCAGAAAGUUAGAAGGGAUCUUAAAGCCCUCUAAGAAAGAGUUUAGGGAUGUUCUCCAUUGCUGCUAUUUUUCCUCCAAAAAUAACCUGCCCUGGAAGUCAUUGGUCCCAAGGGAAUUCGACUCUCCCUAGAAGUUGGAGAAAAGGUGAUGCAAGUAGACAGGAACAACUGUAUUUCUGCAUGAGUAGUAAAGCCACUAACAGAUUCUGGUCUGCAUUUUGGAGCCACAAAGAGAAUGAGUAUAUGCACUCUAAGUGUCCCAGUUUCCUCACUCUCUCCUGGUAGAAAAUGCAGAUCUUUUAGUGGUGCUGGGGUUCUGGGCUGUGUUUCCAUUAAUUCUAAUACAGAUGAAGAAGAUGAGGUAGAGGAAAAGAUGGUGGCAGGAGUGGAUAAAGAGGCAAAAUUGCCUGCUAAAAAGAAAAGAAAGAAGGGUUCUCGAAUUAAAGGAAAAAGGCGCCGGAAAAAAUUGAUCCUUGCCAAAAAAUUUAAUAAGGAUUUGGGAUCUGGGAAGCCUGGUGCCGAUACCCCUACUUUGACAGCUUCCAGUGCUCCUGAGCCAGAUGAAGAGAGUCUUUUUGAGAGCAAUAUCGAAAAGCAGAUCUACCUUCCUAGUACCAGAGCCAAGACCUCCAUUGUGUGGCAUUUCUUUCAUGUGGACCCCCAGUACACCUGGCGGGCUAUUUGUAACCUCUGUGAAAAAAGUGUCAGCAGGGGUAAGCCUGGCAGCCAUCUUGGUACGUCUACUCUUCAACGUCAUCUGCAGGCAAGGCAUUCACCUCACUGGACCAGGGCCAACAAAUUCGGAGUCACUAGUGGGGAAGAGGACUUUACAUUGGAUUUGUCUUUAUCUCCCUCUUCUCCUGGAAGCAAUGGAAGCUUUGAAUAUAUUCCUACUGAUUCAUUAGAUGAUAAUAGAAUGGGUAAGAAACGUGAUAAAUCCACAUCCGAUGCCCUAAGGGCAGAAAGAGGGAGAUUUCUCAUUAAAAGUAACAUUGUCAAACAUGCCUUAAUUCCUGGAACCAGAGCCAAGACAUCUGCAGUUUGGAAUUUUUUUUACACCGAUCCUCAGCAUAUCUCCAGAGCUGUGUGCAAUAUAUGUAAAAGAAGCGUGAGCCGGGGUAGGCCAGGUUCCCACUUAGGAACUUCAACACUUCAACGACACCUGCAGGCCACACAUCCCAUCCACUGGGCUGUUGCCAACAAAGACAAUGGCGCUAUUGGAAAUGGAUUAGAUGACACUGAGAGUGAGAGCAAUGAGCUCUUGAAUGACACUUUGCAUGGAGAAAAGUCUACCGGCAGCCAAGAUUUGACAGCUGAGGACCUCAGUGACUCUGAUUCAGACGAACCUCCUGUUUUAGAAGUUGAAAAUAGAUCUGAGAGUCCUAUUCCCAUUGUAGAGCAAGAUAAUCUGAUGCGUACAGAAGAAAGGGAGCCAGCAUGUGAAAAUUCAACCUCCAGUCAAAUAAGUCAGGCAAUUAUUCAAAUGAUUGUGGAGGAUAUGCAUCCUUACAACUACUUUUCAACUCCAGCUUUUCAGAGGUUCCUACAGAUUGUGGCUCCUGACUACAGGUUGCCAUCAGAGACUUAUUUUUUCACUAAGGCUGUGCCUCGGUUGUAUGACUGUGUCAGAGAAAAAAUUUUCUUAACCUUGGAGAAUGUUCAAAGUCAAAAGAUCCAUCUCACUGUUGACAUAUGGACCCAUGACCCAUCUACUGACUAUUUUAUUGUCACUGUACACUGGGUCUCUUUAGAAGCUUCAUCUCCCAGUAAUGGUGGGAUCCCUGAUUUUAGAAAGUGGGCAGUGCUCUGUGUCACAGGUUUGGCCAAAGACUGCCUGAUAACCAACAUUUUACAAGAAUUAAAUGACCAGAUUGGUCUGUGGCUUUCUCCUAAUUUUCUUAUUCCUAGCUUCAUUGUUUCUGACAAUUCUUCUAAUGUGGUACAUGCAAUCAAAGAUGGUGGUUUUACUCACGUGCCAUGUUUCCUGCAUUGUUUAAAUAUAGUCAUUCAGGAUUUUUUCUGUGAGCACAAAAGCAUUGAGAAUAUGUUAGUGGCUGCUAGGAAAACUUGUCACCAUUUUAGUCAUUCUGUCAAGGCCCGUCAGAUACUGCAAGAGUUUCAAAAUGAUCACCAGCUUCCGUGGAAGAAUUUGAAGCAGGAUGAAACUGGCCACUGGAUUUCCACGUUUUAUAUGUUAAAAUGGCUCUUGGAGCAUUGCUACUCAGUUCAUCACAGUCUUGGUAGGGCUAGUGGAGUUGUUCUCACUUCCCUUCAGUGGACUCUAAUGACAUAUGUUUGUGAUAUUCUUAAACCUUUUGAGGAAGCUGCCCAGAAAGUGAGUGUAAAGACCACAGGAUUGAAUCAGGUGUUACCCCUAAUCCACCAUCUACUCCAUGCUCUGCAGAAACUCAGAGAAGAUUUUCAAGUCAGAGGUAUUACUCAGGCCCUCAGUCUGGUGGACAGUUUAUCUUUGAAACUGGAGACAGAUACCCUACUAAGUGCCAUGCUCAAAUCCAAGCCCUGUAUCUUGGCUACUUUGUUAGACCCUUGUUUUAAAAACAGUUUUGAAGACUUUUUUCCUCAAGGUGUUGAUUUUGAAACAUACAAACAGAUUCUUGCAGAAGAGGUUUGCAGUUAUAUGGAAUCUUCACCAGAGGCAUGCCAAAUUGCAACUUCAGAAGCAUCUGGUCCAUUAGUUACAGUAGGAGCUGAUUCCUUUACCUCAUCCUUAAAAGAAGGCACCUCCAGUUCAGGUUCCAUGGAUAGCUCAGCUGCAGCCAGUGUUACCAUUGGAAGCAAAGGCUUCAUGUUCCCUUCUGCUAAAGCAGUAGUGGAUGAGUACUUCAAAGAGAAGUAUUCAGAACUCUCAGGAGGUGAUGACCCUUUGAUUUACUGGCAGAGGAAGGUGAGCAUAUGGCCAGCUUUGGCUCAAGUUGCCAUUCAAUAUCUAAGUUGCCCUAUGUGUAGUUGGCAGUCUGAAUGUAUGUUUACUACAAAUAGCCACUUUCAUCCAAAGCAGAUCGUGAGUAUGGACUUUGACAAUGUAGAACAGCUGAUAUUUCUGAAAAUGAACUUGAAAAAUGUUAGCUAUGAUUACUCUACAUUGGUUCUGAGCUGCUAUCCAGAGAAUAAGGUUGCUCAAAGCCAUGAAAAAGAAAUAGUACAUUAAUUUCUUUUUCCUUUCUCUAUUUAAAAUGGGCAACUUUUGCUAUAUUACUAUAUCCCUAUUACUAUAGUUCCAAUGUAUAGGUAUACUAAUUAUUUAAAAAUAAAGCUGGACAUGGUGACAUAUGUCUAUAGUCCCAGCUAUUUGGGAAGCAUAGGCAGGAGGAUUACUUGAGCCCAUGAAUUCGAGACCAGCCUGGGCAACAUAGCGAUAAAAGUAAAAUAAAAGACAAAAGCUUGGGGGAACCUGAAAAU